GUCCGGCGCAGGCACAAGGAAGCUCUCUUCAGCCUGCGGUACCUCUGUCCGUCUCACAAUAGAGGUACAUACUACAGCCAUUGCGCGACUGCCGUGACUUGAGAACGAACCGCCCAAGUCUCGACCCGGACAGAGAUCGACCGAAACGACGAAACCCUCCAUCGAUCCCCCAACCUUCUCGUCCGACCUCGAUUCCGAGUCGUCUUCCUCCACACACCUACCCACGACAGCAUUGACUAGACUACACCAUGCCCAAGGCAGCGAAGGCGUCCAAGAAGUCGGGGGGCGGCGGCAACCCCUACGAUCGCAAGGGGGGCGGCGGCGGCGGCAAGGCUACCAACACCAACAUCUUCAAGUUCGACAAGGACUUUGGCCAGCAUAUCCUCAAGAACCCCGGUAUCUCGGAUGCCAUUGUCGACAAGGCCUUCCUCAAGCCCACCGAUGUCGUCGUCGAAGUCGGUCCCGGUACCGGCAACAUCACGGUCCGCGCCCUUGAAAAGGCAAAGAAGGUCAUCGCCAUCGAGCUCGAUCCUCGUAUGGGUGCCGAAGUUACCAAGCGUGUCCAGGGCACUCCGCUAGCCAAGAAGCUCGAGGUCAUUCUCGGCGAUGUCAUCAAGAUGCCCGAAAUGCCUCCAUGCGACGCUCUCAUCUCCAACACUCCCUACCAAAUUUCCAGUCCGCUCAUCUUCAAGAUGUUGGCCAUGCCCAACCCGCCCCGCGUCGCCGUACUCAUGUUUCAAAGAGAAUUCGCAAAGAGACUGGUGGCUCGGCCGGGUGAUGCUCUCUACUCGAGAUUGAGUGUCAAUGUCAACUUCUGGGCCACAUGCAAGCACAUCAUGAAGGUCGGCAAGCAGAACUUCAAGCCUCCUCCCAAGGUCGAGUCCGACGUCGUCAGAAUUGAGCCCCUUGUUGGUUCGGCGCGCCCCAACAUUGCUUUUGAGGAGUUCGACGGUCUCCUUCGCAUUGCUUUCAACCGCAAGAACAAGACCCUUUAUGCCGGCUUCAACCAGAAGGAGGUCCUCAACAUGUGCGAGAGGAACUACAAAGUCUACUGCACCCUCAACAACAUCCCCAUCGACGAGUCCCUCGCUUCCGCGGCUGACCUUGCUGCCGCCGGCGCCACCAACGAUGCCAUGGACGUCGAGAUGGACGACGACAACGAAGACAAUGAUAACGAAGAGAACAACGACGAUGACGAGGCUAUGGAGGAGGAUGAGGACGAGGACAUGCCCGUCUUCUUCAAGGAGCAAAACGACGCCAACGCUAAGGACGCCAAGACACCUAGCAAGAACCCCAAGUCCAAGGUGGCCUUGAUAGUCAAGGCCAAGUUGAACAAGGUGCUUACGAGCACCGGUUUGGCGGACAAGAGAGCUAGGCAGUGCGAUCAGAACGAUUUCCUCAAGCUGUUGCUUGCGUUCCACGAGGAGGGUAUUCACUUCUCUUAGACGUGUGUUAUUAUUGCGAACACGCACAGAAAUCAUCGGCGUACGGGGCGUUUUUUGGGGAUUGGGAAAAUGUCGUUUUUUAAAAAUUCUUUGUUUUGUUCCAUUUGUCGUGGAAAUACCAUUGAUCUGGAUGCUAGGAUUUGCACAAUCAUAAAAGCCAAUGAAUCUGGCUGCCACUUUUGCCAGGAAUCGAACCAUAAUCAUCU